AUUUACAUCAAGGCGCGUUCACGGCCGUCGGCUCCGCGUUCACUUUGGUGACAUCAACCUGUCACGAAGUUGCGUUUGGAGCCUCUUCAGCUGCACUUGGUCGGUGUAAUAUCCACCCAAACACGGAGAUAUCGCCCUGACAGCUAAAAGAUGUGGAAGUCAGUCGUGGGCCACAAUGUGAGCAUGAAGGUGGCCGGAGAGGGGGACGACUGGGAGACAGACCCCGACUUUGAGAACGACGUGUCCGAGCAGGAGCAGAGGUGGGGAGCGAAGACCAUCGAGGGCUCAGGCCGGAAAGAGCACAUCAGUGUUGCAGACCUCAGACACAAGGUCGCCGAGGAGCACGAGCUGGUGAAGCAGAAGGACCACACCCCCAAAGCUUCAUACGGAUAUGGAGGGAAGUUCGGAGUGGAGAAGGACCGAAUGGACAAGGCGGCUUUGGGGCACGAUUAUGUGGCACAAGUUGAGCAGCACUCUUCCCAGAAAGAUGCAGCAAAAGGGUUCGGCGGCAAGUUUGGUGUUCAGAAAGACCGCGUCGACAAGUCUGCCAUGGGCUUUGAAUACAAAGGAGAGGUGGAGCAGCAUGUGUCUCAGAAAGAUUACUCAAAGGGAUUUGGAGGAAAGUACGGGGUGGAGAAGGAGAAGGUGGACAAGGCAGCUUUGGGCUACGACUACAAAAGCGAAACAGAAAAGCACCAGUCGCAGAAAGAUUACUCGAAGGGCUUUGGAGGGAAGUUUGGUGUCGAGAAGGAGAAAGUGGAUAAAGCAGCGCUGGGCUACGAUUACAAGAGCGAGACGGAGAAGCAUCAGUCACAGAGAGAUUAUUCAGCAGGUUUCGGAGGUCGUUACGGCGUACAGACGGACCGCAUGGAUAAGAGUGCAGCCGGCUUCUCAGAAAUGGACUCCCCUUCCUCCGCUUACGAAAAGACGCAACCGUUAGAGGCCUCAAGCGCAGGUGCAGGAAAACUGAAGGCUCGUUUUGAGAACCUGGCCAAGGCUUCGGAGGAGGAGAACAGGAAGAAGGCAGAAGAGGAGAAAGCGAGGAGACAAGCCAGAGAGAGCAGAGAACGAGAGCUAGCCAAACGCAGGCAGGAGGAGGAGAGCAGCAGAGAGAGGGAAGUGCCUCCACCUGUUCCACAUGUGGCUCCAGAGCGCCACAUGCCACCACCAGAAAUCAACAGGAAAGUUCCAGAUGUAAGAAAAGCGCCAGAGCCAGAGCCAGAGCCAGAACCUGAGCCUGAGCCUGAGCCUGAGCCUGAGCCAGAGCCAGAACUAGAACCAGAGCCUGAGCCAGAGCCAGAACCAGAGCCAGAACCAGAGGACCCAGACUACGACGAGCCCCCGGCUUUGCCUCCCCGCUCAGACGAUCUCCUUGAAGUGGAUGCUCCCCCGCUGCCCGUCAGGUCGACAGAUGUGGAUGAGGACGACGGAGAGUACGAGGAGCUCGCCGAGCUGCCUCCUCCUGUGCCGACAGGAGUGGACAACGAUUAUGAAGACCUGACAUGUGGCCAGAAGGCAGUCGCAAUUUAUGACUACGAAGGAGAGGCCGACGACGAGAUCUCCUUCAACCCGGAUGAGAUCAUCACCAACAUAGAGAUGAUUGACGAGGGCUGGUGGAGGGGACAGUGUCGCGGACGCUUUGGCCUUUUCCCGGCAGCUUACGUUCAGCUGAUGCAGUGAGCGAGCCGCUCAGGGUGUCUGAGCAAGCUUCAGUUUUGCACAAUCUCAGUUGUUCCACAGAGGAAAAUGAAUGAAAAACUAGACCAGAACAGCAGUCAGGAAGCACAAACCUCCUGCAAGUGCAACCACUGCACACGUCUGGGUUUGUUUCCAAACCGAUUAGAAUGAUGUCACCCAUAGGCGAGUGGGUUUUGUUUCAUAAUCCUGCUGAUAAACAGAAAAACAAACGAUCCAAACCGGAAAGGUAAGCUCCGGGGCAGGUCAUUCAAUUUAGCUCUAUAUUUAUAGAAUAAUGACAGCAAAUUUGGCAAAAUGGCUUCCAAUGAGCUGAUUUCUUUUUUUACUUUUGCUCUGUACAAUCUUGCAUGUCUGUGGCAAUGAGUAUUUGAGGAGAGUAUGACCACCACAACUCAUAGUAGUGGCAAGGAAUUACAUUUUAAAUCUGCAAUGAACUGAUUGGAGUCAAUAAAAUAAAAUCUUCUACAGGAAAAA